GUAGCAGUGGCUUGAUGAGCGCCGUCCUACGUACGCGCUCGCUGCAACCUCGUUAACACACGUGGGAAGGAGCCCUUUCCAGCUCCGGCGUCGCGCGAUAGGACGAACCGCGCGUCACACCGCGGACCGCCUCUCCGGCUGCUCCACUGCUACCCAGUGCGUUAACAUGGCGCGCUGGGCGGCAGCAGUCCUCGCACUAGUCGGCGCGACGGCCCUCAGCGUGCGGCCCGUGCGGCCCGUGACGCCGCGCCGCACCAUCACCUGCGUCGCGCCCGGCAAGGUCGAGCUCAAGCAAAAGGUCUCGCUCAAGACGACGGCGAACCCCGGCGGCGGCGGCACGGACGACGGCGAGCGCGAGCGCGAAUUCGAAAGAAAGAACGUCGAGGACCUCGAAGAUCCGAAGAUGUUCAACGUCAUCUUGCUGGGCGACGAGCUGUGUGGAAAUCAACCAGUGCGUCGGGUGCACCCGACAAUUCUUCAUUAAGUCAUUUCUCGGCGAUGACGCGGCCGUCCUGGCUCGGUCGAGCGGCGAGGAACCGGCAUCGCCACGCCAUCGAGCAGGCAUCGCGUCGAUGGCGUGGAGGUCGACGCGACGAUUCAGCACGAACGCGCCGUAACAUUUUGAUUUCCACACAGGCGACGAGGACUACACGCAGGAGCACAUCUGCAAGGCCCUAUUGGACGUCGUCGAGGACGUCCAGAUCAAGCAGGCCGAGGAGAUCUUCCUCGAGGCCCAGAAGGGCGGCCAGGCGAACGUCUGCACGACGUCCCAGGAGCUCGCGGAGCACUACGUCCAGCAGCUCGCGCGCAAGGACCCGAUGAUCUUCUGCGAGAUGAAGGAGACGUAGGUCCGUCCCCCGCCCCCCCUGUACUAGAGAAUUGAUUGGCAUGCUCGCGCCGCCCGGACGGACCAUGUUGUGGUGGCUAGGCGGCCGAGCUCUAAGCACAGCAAAACUUGAAAUGGG